GUCUAAUUGCCACACCGCCCCCCCUCACACGCGCCUCCUCCUCCUCUUUGGUCCCCCUCCCCGCCACCCCUCGCCACCCCUCGCCCAUUUCCCCUCUGCUGUGAGCCCCUCAGUCCUCGUCUGUCCGCUUGCACCUACCCCGCAUCAUGGCCUCCCCCAGCCCUGAUGACAACCUCUACACGGUCAUCCUGCCGACGUACAAUGAGCGGGAGAAUCUGCCCAUCCUUGUGUGGCUCCUUGACAAGACCUUCACCCAGCAUGCCCUUAAAUAUGAGAUUGUCAUUGUCGAUGACAACAGCCCCGACGGCACACAAGCCAUGGCCGAGGAGCUCCAGCGUGUCUUCGGCCCGGAGAAGAUCAUCCUCCAUCCUCGGCCCGGGAAGCUGGGUCUUGGCACCGCCUACCUGCAUGGUCUUGAGGUGGCAUCCGGCAACUUCAUCUUUCUCAUGGAUGCGGACCUGUCGCACGACCCGAAGUUCAUCCCGGAGUUCAUCAAGACGCAGAAGGCCCUCAAAUGUGACAUCGUCACCGGGACUCGCUAUACCAUCGGGUCUGGCAUCCAUGGCUGGAGCCUUUACCGCAAGCUCACGAGCCGCGUGGCCAACUUCAUUGCCGACACCCUGCUCGACCCGCAGGUGACCGAUCUGACUGGCAGCUACCGCCUGUACAAGCGCAGCGUGCUGGAGCAUCUGAUCGACAUCACCGAGUCCAAGGGGUACGGCUUCCAGAUGGAGGUGGCCGUGCGCGCGUCCCGGUUCCGGGAUGAGGCGCUCGUUCCCGAGGGGCGGGAGAUCCAAUGGUCGUCGGCCGAGCCGCGAAACACCAGCCACCGGGACCUCAGCGACGAGAUCACCAUCCUCAGCCCGGCGGGGGGCUACCGCAUCGCCGAGGUUCCCAUCACCUUUGUUGACCGGCUGUAUGGCCAGAGCAAGCUCGGCCCGAAUGAGAUCACUGCCUAUCUGAAGGGGGUGUGGCGGCUGUUCAUGGCGGUCUAACCAGCCCACCAAACAAGGGGAGGUCCUCUUGUCCGUGUGUGUGACCGGUACAAGCACACAUGUCCCCGGCAUGUUCCCCCCUCUGUGUCCCCCCACAUUGAAGAACACUCGCGUGCAUGUCUGCUUACGCCACUCCGCCGAGAGAAUAGACAUCCCCCUUGGGACCUCCCGUUGGGAAAA